GAUUCCACCACGAUCGGCACCGCAUUCGGGUUUUGAAAGUCAGCGCAUGCACACGGACACGGAUCAUGUGCGGCGGCGUGGCUAAGUAGUGUUGAAGUGUGUACCAAGAAGGAAGGAAGGAAAAAAAAUCAGCGCGUAAAUAAACAAACAAACGGCGGCUGUCCGGUGGCCUCGCCGCGUGUAUGUUAAGGUUGUGGCAACUUUUGGAAUUACCGUGCUGAUUUAUUAGGCAGCAAGAACGACGAUAUGUGGAAGGAGCGUUACGAUACGAAAAAUUGUGAAGCUGUGAAGAAAAUUGUGAUACAAAACAAGUGAUAACAAAAAAGGUUUAAAAUCGAAUAAAAGAAGCAGCCGGUGGUGAGAGAGCAAUCGGCCAAUCUGUUGUUUGAAAUCUGUCCACAAUGGAUGGAGUUCCGUGGCCAAAGUGAAAUUCCCUUUUGCAGAAACCGCAGCGCACCGCAGCCGCUCAGUAAUCAAAGCGUAACAACAAUCGGUGCUUCGGCUUCGGUUCCACCCAAAUCUACAAAGAAACUCGAAGGGGAAAGUGCUUUAUCGGUUGCAAUCGGAAGAAAAAUUGCAGCGGCGUGCAGGUGAAUCAGUUCAGUUUGCUGGUUAUCCAUCCAUCUACUUGAACGACCAAUCCUCUAGGAAAUUAAGCAGGUGGUCUUCUAUAAACAAAAUCAUCAGUUCAGUGCACAGUGCCCACAGUGAGUGAGACGGUUCGUCAAAGAAUGCCUUAAGUAGUGCGUAGCUGAGCAAACGUACCCAGUAUAUCAGUGUCCAUCUCAAUUUCGGAAAGCCAAAAGCGUUCUUAGCGUGUAGAAAGUGUACGCGUGCUUGUGUGCGUGCGUAAUUUUAUCCCCCAACAUCAUCACCAUACUGCCACCCACCGGUGAUAGAUGCGAAAGCAGGUGUCGUACCAUCACCCAGACAACCCCGGUGCAACGGCAACGUUGGUACAGCGCAAUGGGUGACUCCCGCGGGACGACCGCGCGACCGCUCGUCCUGCUGCUGGUGCUUGUCGUGUGCGGCAGGACGGGUGGUCCCGUUGGUGCAACACCCACGGAGGAGGAGGAGCUGCAUCUCACGACCCGCGUCCCCACUCCUGCCUUCCCGGUGAAAGACACCGCACAAGAGAUGGCGGUGAAAUCGUACGGUAGUAGUAGCAGCAGUAGCAAAACCACCAAACCGACGCCAACAGCGAUCCCGGAGCCGGAGCUAUCCACCCAGCUCGAUUCGGUACAGCGCAGUAGCUCCGGUGCUGCUCAUUUAAAUGGGACGACUGUGACAACAUCGGUGGCCUCUACCGAGGAGACCUCGACCGCAGCAACGCCACCGACAACGACAAAGGCGACGACACCGUCCACAACAAUGACCAAGCGAAGGAUGACUAAUCGCGACAAUAAGCUGAUGUCGGUGCUUCAAGCCCGCCGUACCGCACUGUCCCGGGACCGAUGGCGCAAGGAGUACAUCCACCAUCCAUCAUCGACCUCACUGAAGGCCCGGCAGCAGCCGAGCGUUGCAGGGAAUCUGGUGGAAGAUAGCAGCACGCCAGAAUCGAACCUUAUCGUGCCGGUCAGCUCGUCGUCGUCGUCCUCAUCCGGUCGCAUCGCUUCGGUCGAUGAGUUUCUCGACACGGACGAAUCCAUCCACGGCAUGUACGUGGUGAACCCGCGCACGGGCAAGAUCGCCAUUCAGCAGACGGGAUCGAGCAUUAAGCUAGCCAAAGAAACGAACAAUUUCAUCGCGGCCGUACCAGCGCCCGGUAACAAAUCGCUUGAAAUUACCAAGCUCAUCUCGGCGAAAGGAGCCUCCAUCGGUGAUGCACCACCACCUCCAACACCAUCCACCAGCCCGACGACACUUCACUCGGGCCGAAGCCUUUAUCUGGAGACGCGCGGUAAGCGAUUGCGCGAUCGUAAAACGUUUCCCUCACUGUCAACCGAACGUUCGGUGGAAGAAAGCGAUCUCAUCCCGUAUCAGUUCUUCGGCCAGAAGCUGCUGCCCGCCCAUCACAAAGGGUUGGAUGCACGCAAUCAAGUCAUCAACACGCGGCGGACGCAUCUGAACAAGCUGAAAGAGGAUCCGCUCGGUGAGAUGGCCGAUGCAAACCUUCCGAAACCGUCGACUGAGAAGAACAAGUUCUGGUCCAAUCGCUAUCAGUCACGGAACGUUGUGGCGCACAAUAAUUAUCUACGACGGAGUGGUUCCCUACCGAUCACGACGACAACGACGACGAGCAGGAGUACUACGGUGAAUCCGUCGACUACGCCCUACAUCCCACAAGAAGCUGCUGCUGCUCCAGUACACUCAGAUGCACUCACCAACUCCAUGAUAGCUCUCAGCAAUCUGUCGGAUGGGAAUGAAGAGGACGAGAAGCAGGUAUUUUCGCGAAGUGCAAACUUUACCACACCCAACAACACCGACACUGAAUCGCGGUUGCUUGAAGAUGCUGAUCCUAAACCAGCCUUUGUGGAGCCACUGGACAAUGGAGUUCCACCGGCAAGCACUACCACUGAACUCCCGAACAAGUCUUUGGUGGAAGAGUACGCCGGUCCUGCUGGACUGUAUGGUUCUGGAUUGAGUGCCGGUAUCUCUAAGCUGAUCAUCAACUAUCCGGAUGAUGCAACGCCAGAAGACUUUUACCGGCCACUGAACACCUUUGAAACGCACGCACAGAUUGUGAAUCUCCAGGAGGCGACCGAAGAUCCCGUACCGACGACAUCCAUCCCUCAAGAGGUCGACGAGGACUAUGCAACGCCAAGGAAUCUCGUGUCCAUUCCGGACAUUAAUCAGAUCUUCCGUAAUCUGUCCACACCCACCACGACGGAGAUGACGACGACGAGCACGACGCAAACAGCGCCCACCAGUACGACAGCCCCUGCCCCAGCACGGUCACGUCUCAAUACACGCGUUUACGUCCCCGUCAGUCGAUCCACAACGACUCGAACGAGUAGUGCACCUCGAACGACAACUACUACCACCACAACCACCACCACUUCUACUACGACUACUACCUCGACAACUACCACGGACCAGCCCGUGGAGGAAGAAACCGAACCGCCACCAACGACGGUGAUGACUCUUACUUCGAACCCUACCACAACGGAAGGUUCCAUCCCUUCAACGGCUACCACCACCAGGCCAGCUACCUCGACAGAAGCUCCAGCAACCUCGAUCGUACCUUCCGUAACUCCUUCUGUUCCAGCGAAGACGACCACCGCAAGACAUUUUAGACCAUCGGCUCCUCCCACGGUCGCUUCCCCACCGAGACCGACCAGACCUACCGUGAACCCACCCGAGCACAGAACGGUGGCGAUCUUUACCGGUCUCCGACCGAAUCCACCCGAUCCAACGCCCAUCAACGGAACCGAGGUAGAGCCCGGCUUCAAUCCGAUCCUAUCCCACAUUUUCCCGAAACUAGCUGGCCCCAUACUGUCCACCCGUUCUCCAGCGAAUCUCGACUUUUCGCUCACAUUCACAUCACCGCCACCGGUCGACCAUAGUUCCGGCACGAAGAAGCCGGCCGUCUCGUUCGAUGGAGUGCUACUCCACCACAACAGUGACGUCGUGAUCGAGAUGCGCAAGAUGAAUACGGCCACCUUUGUUCUGGCAGGGCUGGGGAUGCUCCCGAUCGUUAUCAUCGUCCUGUACGUGAUCAAGGCAACGGUGUUCAAUCGCGAGAAUAAAGUCUCACACGAUCUGGAACGAUACAUUCCGGACGGGCAGCCACCAAUCAGUCCGGUCGUAAGGCUAGAACAGUCGGACACCUCCAGCGCAACGGAUGAGUCCAUCAUGACCGAGCAUGAUUUUAAUCGAAGUAAUCUCCGGUUCAAGAGCCUGCUCGGGGAGGGCAACUUUGGUCAGGUUUGGAAAGCGGAAGCGGAUGAUCUGGCCGGACAUCUGGGCACGACACGUAUCGUGGCGGUAAAGACGGAACGAAGCGACAACGGGCACGGUGAUCUGAAGGCGGAAGCUGAGAUUAUGCGCAAGCUUGGCUCACAUCCGAAUGUGGUGACUUUGCUGGGAGCAUGCCUGGAACAAGAUCCUCAACUGCUGAUCAUGGAGUACGCGAUGCGUGGUCGAUUACUAUCACUGCUCCGAGCCGCCCGGGGAGCAGUCAAUGGAUUAGCUCCCUCGGUGCACAACAAUCGACCACCGAUCAUGCCACUGUCUCCACGACGGUUGACCGGCUUUGCUCAUGAUAUUGCCCGCGGCAUGGAGUACAUUUCGGAGAAGAAGAUCGUACAUCGUGAUCUUGCCGCGCGGAACGUGCUCCUAGACCAUAACGGUAUCUGCAAGAUCUGCGACUUUGGUAUGUCGGUCGAUCUGGAGAAGGUGAAAUCGUCGCACGCGCAGAUCCGCAUGCCGCGGAACCAUCAUCACAGUGAGUCGAGGUUCAAGUUUGACCUGAGCGCACGAUCGUUCGGUAUCGGUAGGCAUCACAACCAUGGGCACGAUCACGGCGGUACUCAUGGACGGCACGGGGGUGGUGGUGGUGGAAGCGGAGGUGGUCACAGCAAUAGUCACGGCCAUGAUACCAAGAGUCGGCCAGCGCUGCCGAUCCGCUGGAUGGCACCGGAAGCGUUACAGUAUCACAUAUUUUCCCGCGAAACUGACGUCUGGGCAUUCGGCAUUGUGCUGUGGGAGAUUGCCACUUUAGGUUGUACUCCCUACCCGAACCUUUCCGGGCGUGAGGUGGUCCGAAGUGUGCCGAACGGUGCUCGCCCCGAAGUACCGGCCGACUGUCGGCCCGAGCUGUACGAUCUGAUGCAGCGAACCUGGCGGAAGGACCCACGGCAGCGGCCAACGUUCUCCGAGGCACGCACCUGUCUCGCGAGGACACUCUGCCAGUGGCAGCUGGAGGACAACGAUACCUCAAACACGUCCGAGUAUCUGGACGUGAGCGGGUUCAGUGAAGAUCUAGAGCAGGGCAUGGUAUACUUUAACCGACGAAUAUCGGAGUUUGAGUGUGAAAUCUAAAACGCGUUCCGCAGGUCCAGAAACGAUGCAGUAACGCUUUCCUGGUGAAAGCGUUAGCUUUUGGUUCUGCCGAUCGGGGGCAAAUACUAAGUUUCAAGUUCUGUACAUAUCUAGGCUCUCUGUUUUGUGUGUGUGUGUGUUUUGCUCUAGCCUUUGCACCACAAACCAUCAUCGUCACCCAUUUGAUCAUUCAUCGCGUGAUCGCGCAUAAGUGUGAGUGUUAGUACAUUAGACAUCUCGAUUAAAUUAUCUCUUCAUCGGUAGUGCUUAGUGCAGUGUAGUGACGACACUACUGUGGGAUAGCUUUCCAAUACGCGAAUACGUACGUAGCCAAACAAUUGCACUGAUGAUAGGGAAAGAUGGGAAUGCUGUAACGCAACAUUACAUUCCAGCGCAUAUUAUAUGUAUGGCUCCGUAGACGUAUCGCAGCAAGAGCCUGUUGAAGUGAUAGCAAAGAAGCAAUUUAGUGCACCGCAUAUAGUUGUAGUAUGUAUUGACUCCUGUUGGAAGGUUUUUUUUUUGUCGUGUCGUGUCUGUUGUGUACAUUUGAAAAAUGUAGUAGCUUUGAAGACUUAGGCCGUAAGCUUGUCCCUUGUACUCUUCACCCACAAGUGUCCUUCCCCCCUUUUUCCCCCGCUAGUUGAUACGAUUAUUUUAUUUGUAAUAUUUUAUACGUUUGAGGCUGCACCACCGCCACCGGGGCGGAUGGGCGCACGGUAGGUGAGAACGUGCGAAGGCAACGAGAUAGGAAUGGAAGUGACGAAGAAGAAAAUCUGAAGAAAAACGGAAUAAAAAGUUUUGAUGUUUUGUGACUAUAC